AUGGUCAAGGAAAUUAAAUCCGAUUCUCAAUUUACAUCAGAACUUGCCAGUACCAACAAGCUGGUAGUGGUCGACUUCUUUGCCACAUGGUGUGGUCCUUGCAAAAAGGUUGCUCCGAUUUUUGAACAACUCUCCACUCAAUACCAACAAGAUGCCGUCUUUCUCAAAGUAGAUGUAGAUAUUUGCCAACAAACAGCUGCUCAAUGCGAUAUUUCGGCCAUGCCAACCUUUGUUCUUUUCAAGAAUAAGAAGAAACUCGAUCAAGUAGUUGGCGGAGACAUGAACAAACUCAAUCAAUUGAUUAUGAAACACAAAGGAGCAAGUAGUAGCAGUACAAAUGGUACAAGUUCUUCUUCACAAGUAGAAGAUAAUGAACCCAUUCCAAGUCAUCUUACAACAGCUGAAGAUUUCAAAGAGGAAGGCAACAAGCGAUACAAGAAAGCAUCUUACAAGAAGGCUGCUGAAUGUUACUCGAAGGCCAUUGAAAUUGAUCCAAAUCAAGCACCCAUCUACACCAACAGAGCAGCAUGUUAUUUACAAUUACAACAAUACAAGAAAGUCAUUGAAGAUGCUCUGAAAGCUCAACAAUUAGAUGCUAAAUUUACCAAGGCCUAUCUCCGAGCAGGUCAAGGAUAUUUACAAAUGGGUAAAACAAAAGAAGCCAAAGAACAAUUCGAUUUGGGACUUAAACUUGAACCCAAUAGUGACCUUUUCAAGAAGGAACGAGAGGCAGCUGAGAAAAUUGAAAAAUAUUUGAAUAAUUCUAAAAAUUUCCUUUCUCAAGGACUCUACAAGGAAGCUAGUGCUGAGGUUGAUUUGGCAUUGCAAAUUGCUCCACAUUCGACCAUUGUGAAAUUGGUCAAAAUUGAAUCUCUCAUUGGACUGAGAGAAUUUGAUACUGCUGCCAAAGAAGCUUCCGCCAUUCUUCGAGAUGUUGACAGUAACAAUUCAGAUGCUCUAUUUUUGAGAGGACAAGCGCUCUAUUAUGCUGGAAAUACAGAUAGUGGACUCAAUCACAUCACACAAGCACUCAACUUAGAUCCUGACAAUCAAAAAUGUAUUCAAUUUAGAAAACAAAUUAAGAAAAUUGAAGCUUUAAAGGAAGAAGGUAACAAACUUUUGCGAAAUGGAAAAUACCAAGAGGCCUACGAUGAGUAUACCAAAGCGAUUGAAAUUGACCCAAAGAAUGCAAAUUUGAAUGCUGUAUUAUAUUGCAAUCGAGCUGCAGCUGCAACCAAAUUGGGUAAACACGAGGUUGCCGUCAAAGAUGCCACCAAGGCCAUUGAAUUGAAUGACAGUUAUUUGAAGGCCUACAUGCGUAGAGGUUCGAGCUAUAUUGAGCUCGAACAAUAUGAAGACGCCAUGCGUGACUACAAUAGGGCUCACGAAUUGGAUAAGGACAAUGAGGAAAUUGAACAAAAAUUGAAAGAAAAGGCAUACAAGAAGCUUGCUAUGCAAUGGCAUCCAGAUCGAUACAUUGACGAAGAGGAGAAGAAGAAUGCUGAAAACAAAUUUAAGGACAUUACAGAAGCACAUAGUAUUUUGUCAGAUCCUCAAAAACGACAACAAUACGAUUCGGGUGCCAUGGAUGCCGAUUUCGAAGGUGGAUUCCAUGGAGCUGACAUGAACGACAUUUUCAGAAUGUUCUUUGGUGGUGGAAUGGGAGGUAUGGGAGGCAUGCACAUGGGUGGUUUCGGAGGUGGUGGUAUGGGCGGUUUUGGAGGUGGUGGAAGAAGAGGUGGUGGUGGCAUGGGUGGAGGACAAUUCUUCUUUUAA